AUGGCCAAGGAGGCCGGCGGCGAGGGGGCCAUGUCGGAGUCGGUGCUCCGCAAGGUGCUCGUCUCCUACUGCUACGUCGCGGUGUGGAUCUUCCUCUCCUUCACCGUCAUCGUCUACAACAAGUACAUCCUCGACCCCAAGAUGUACAACUGGCCCUUCCCCAUCUCGCUCACCAUGGUGCACAUGGCCUUCUGCUCCUCCCUCGCCGUCGCGCUCGUCCGCGUCUUCCGGGUCGUCGACCUCCCGUCCUCACCCGCCAUGACCACGCAGCUCUACACCAGCUCCGUCCUCCCCAUCGGCGCGCUCUACUCGCUCUCCCUCUGGUUCUCCAACUCCGCCUACAUCUACCUCUCCGUCUCCUUCAUCCAGAUGCUCAAGGCGCUCAUGCCCGUCGCCGUCUACUCCAUCGGGGUGCUCUUCAAGAAGGAGACCUUCCGCUCCUCCGCCAUGCUCAACAUGCUCUCCAUCUCCUUCGGCGUCGCCAUCGCCGCCUACGGCGAGGCCCGCUUCGACCUCCGCGGCGUCGCGCUCCAGCUCGCCGCCGUCGCCUUCGAGGCCACCAGGCUUGUCCUCAUCCAGAUCCUCCUCACCUCCAAGGGGAUCUCGCUCAACCCCAUCACCUCGCUCUACUACGUCGCGCCCUGCUGCCUGGGGUUCCUCUUCCUGCCCUGGGUCUUCGUCGAGCUGCCCAGGCUGCGCGCCGUGGGCAUGUUCGAGCCCGACUUCUUCGUCUUCGGCACCAACUCCCUCUGCGCCUUCGCGCUCAACCUGGCCGUCUUCCUGCUCGUGGGCAAGACGUCGGCGCUCACCAUGAACGUGGCCGGCGUGGUCAAGGACUGGCUGCUCAUCGCCUUCUCCUGGUCCGUGAUCCGGGACACGGUGACCCCGAUCAACCUCUUCGGCUACGGGAUCGCCUUCCUGGGCGUGGGCUACUACAACCACGUGAAGCUGCAGGCGCUCAAGGCCAAGGAGGCGCAGAAGAAGGUGGCGCAGGCGGACGAGGAGGCCGGCUCGCUGCUGCAGGAGCGCGACUCUCACGGCGGCGAGCGCAAGACCGAGACCCAGUCAUCAUAG